CGGGCGCCGUGACUGUAACGCGAUAGCUGCUCAGCUCAAAAGAGCGAUCACUCACACACACGCUGCACACACAGCUCGCAGGCAGACGCGGGACGCACGCUGGUGUCAGAGCGGAGCAGGAGCGGAGCGGAGCGCAGGGCUUGUGAAGCGGAGAGCGGCGCGGUGUGAGACAGGAGAAGACCGCUCGUUUAGUACCCUGCCCUGAUUGCUUCCAGUUUGAUUUUCUUGGGAAAGCUGCGUCCGACGCUCGGAGCGCGGCGGUGGGCUUCAGAUCGCUGCAGGAGAAGCGGACACCCCGUGUGCGUAAAAUACGCAGGAGCUGCAGAGGAGGAGAUACUCGGACUGUGUCGGAACUUGACGCGACCCUGGAGCCGCUGUCCAGACUCUCCACCAGAACUUUGCUCCCUCGCUGUUCCUUGGAUGAGUUUUUCGAGCAUCACUCCGAUGUUGUUGUUCCCCAGAAUGGUCAUGUCAUAACAUCGGAGGUCUUUUCAUUUAAAAGGUUCCCAGAUUUUGGCUUCGACCGAAGCGGAUGUGGAAUUUUGUGUUUUUGAGCGACUGCAGCGUUUAAAUCCAACAAAGUGGAAACAGCAGACAGUCACAUUGUUUUUUUGCAUAUUUUUUUUUCUUUUUUGCCUGAUCAGAGAUGGAUUUUCCCACCACGCUGGUUGGAUUUUUAAUAACACUGUGUCACUUAGGAUGUGGAGUCGGAGGACAGAGCAAUUCAGAUUGUGGAGGCGUCCUGGACGCCAGCAAGCCCGGCUACAUCACCUCGCCCGGUUAUCCUCUGGAGUACCCGCCUCAUCAGAACUGCCACUGGGUCAUCCAGGCGCCGGAGACCUCGCAGCGCAUCGUCCUCAACUUCAACCCUCACUUCGAGAUCGAGAGGCUCGACUGCAAGUAUGACUUCAUAGAGAUCCGCGAUGGGACCUCAGAAAGCGCUGACGUUUUGGGCCGUCACUGCAGCAACAUCGCCCCGCCACCCAUCAUCUCAUCUGGGCCCUCAAUCCAGAUCAGAUUCGUCUCAGAUUACGCUCAUCAGGGCGCCGGGUUCUCUCUACGCUACGAGAUCUUUAAAACAGGGUCGGAAUUCUGUUUCCGCAACUUCACCAGCCUGUCCGGAAUGAUCGAGUCCCCGGGCUUCCCGGACAAAUACCCGCACAAUCUGGAGUGCUCCUACAUGAUCAUGGCUCCGCCCCACAUGGACAUCACCCUCACCUUCCUCACGUUUGACCUGGAGAAUGACCCCCUCAUGGUGGGCGAGGGCGACUGCAAGUACGACUGGCUGGAGGUGUGGGACGGCCUUCCGCAAGCGUCUCCUCUGAUUGGUCGGUACUGCGGGACAAAGAUCCCCCCGGAGAUCCAGUCGUCCUCCGGCCUGCUGUCCCUGUCCUUCCACACAGACAUGGCCGUAGCCAAAGACGGCUUCUCCGCACGCUACAACAUCACCCACAAAGAAGUCGCCGACUCAUUCCACUGUAGCAACGCGCUCGGCAUGGAGUCGGGGAAGAUCAGCGACGACCAAAUCACGGCUUCAACCAGCUUCUACGACAACCGCUGGUUGCCGCGGCAGGCCCGCCUCAACAACGACGACAACGCCUGGACGCCUUCAGAGGACAGCAACAAGGAGUACAUACAGGUUGACCUCCACUUCCUAAAGGUGUUGACUGGGAUAGCAACACAGGGGGCCAUAUCCAAAGAGACCCAGAAGGCUUAUUACGUCACUUCCUUCAAACUGGAGAUCAGCACCAAUGGAGAGGACUGGAUGGUUUACCGACACGGCAAGAACCACAGGAUCUUCCACGCCAACACAGACCCGACCGAAGUGGUCCUGAACCGCAUCCCACAGCCGGUUUUGGCUCGCUUCGUCCGGAUCCGGCCUCAAGCUUGGAAGAAUGGAAUCGCGCUGAGAUUUGAGCUCCAUGGAUGCCAGAUCACAGGCGCUCCGUGCUCGGACCUGCAGGGCUUGAUGUCCGGCCUGCUCCCUGAUGCCCAGAUCUCGGUGUCGUCCAGCAGAGACGUGAUGUGGAAUCCCAGCACGGCUCGGCUUGUGGCAAGUCGUUCGGGUUGGUUCCCUGCGCCUACGCAGUCUCUGGCUGGAGAGGAGUGGCUCCAGGUGGACCUUGGUGUUCCCAAGACCGUCCGGGGAGUCAUUACCCAGGGAGCGCGGGGAGGAGACCCAGGAAGUGGACCUGCCACAGACAACCGCGCGUUUGUCAGGAAAUACAAAGUCGCACACAGCCUGAAUGGAAAAGACUGGAACUUCAUCAUGGAUGUAAAGACCAGCCAACCUAGGUUAUUUGAGGGCAACACGCAAUACGACACUCCGGAGCUGCGUCAUUUUGAGGAGACGGUGGCGCAGUACAUCAGGCUGUAUCCAGAGCGGUGGUCCCCAGGAGGGAUUGGGAUGCGAGUGGAGAUCAUUGGAUGCGACCUUCCAGAAAUCAGCACUCCAACCACGACCACAACUACAACUACGACUCCCACCCCAGAAGCCACCACAGUCCCCAACAUGACUACAGCAGCCACCCCUCCUUCAUCUCUUGGCAUGUGCGACUUUGACCACGACCUGUGCGGAUGGACACAGGACCCUGGCGCCUCACUGCUCUGGUCGAGGCGUAAACAAUCGUUGAACAAUUACCUGUACCUGGACGUGAGCCUGAAGAACCUGGAGCAGCGCGCUCGCCUCGUGAGCCCGGUGGUGCCCGCCGACGCCGGACCCCUCUGCCUCCUUUUCUCCUACCAGAUGUGGGGGGAUUCCCAGGGCAACCUGAAUGUGUUUCUGCGGGACGACCUCAAUGACGAGGUUCUCCUGUGGUCGCUCCGCGACAAUCACACCACAGUCUGGAAAGAAGGCCGGACCAUCGUGCCACGCUCCCCAAAACAAUUCCAGGUUGUGAUAGAGGGUUUCUUUCAUCACAGCACCAGAGGACACAUCUGGAUAGACAACCUCCACAUGAGUGCAAGCUCCCCUCUGAAAGAGUGCACAGAACCCUUCUCUGCGUUUUCUCCAGAAAACCCAGGCACCAAACACAUUGGAGAUGGGAGGCUUUCCAUGGGCAGAGACCCUCUUGGCAGUGGUUUGCAUAACCCAGACUGGAACGUGCCAACGUCCCCAUCAUCAGAUCCUCCAGUGACACACACCUCAGAAAAAGAUAACUCGUGGUUAUACACAUUGGACCCCAUCCUGGUCACAAUCAUCGUCAUGAGCUCCCUGGGCGUCUUGCUCGGGGCAGUGUGCGCCGGCCUCCUCCUGUACUGCACGUGCUCCUACAGUGGGCUCUCGUCACGAUCCUCCACCACUCUGGAGAACUACAACUUCGAAUUGUACGAUGGCCUCAAGCACAAAGUCAAACUCAACCAGCAGCGCUGCUGCACUGAAGCAUGAGAGAAGUGAUGAGGAAAAGAUACAGGCAUUUUGUGAAAAUCUCUCUCUGUUUUCUUCAUCUUUGCCAACUUUAGUGUUCCUCAGUGGUGCAGGUCUCAGUGAGAACUUGUUUGGAGAACGCAGCACCGUCCAGUAUUGGCAGUUGUUUCUGCAAAUGCAUCAACGACUGAGAGACCAGGGUUACCUCCAUGGACUGCUUCACUGCAGGGAUGACAGGCCUCAAACACUGAAUAUCAACACAUAUCAAUUGCUGAAUCCCGGGUCACGUAAAGAGAACUGCUUCUAAAUGCGUCAUAGAUAAGUCUAGUUUUGCAACUGGAUACUGUAAACUACACAGACAGAUUUGGAUACGUUGUGUUGGAAAGGUGGUAGGAUAGGAAUAAGUUUAGAAAAGAGUAUUUUUUGAUCACCUGUGAACACAGUGGCCUAGAACUUAGCUCCUUUGUAAGGCCCCUUGACUCUUUUGUUCCUGCUACACACUCAGUUGGCCCUUCAGUUUCUUUCCCUCUGUGGUAUUUUUAGUUGAGUUUCUACUCAAUCACUUUAUUUUUGUUUAAUGUUUUCUUUCGGGCCAGUUUCCAGGCCUGUGGUUAAAGAUAAGUUGGGGAAAAGAAGAGGUGAAGAAAGUAUAUAUAGAUAUAUAUGUAUGUGUGUGUGUGUGUGUGUGUGUGUGCGUAUGUAUGGGUGUAUGUAGAGGUAGGGAGGGAAGCAUUCUUUUACUGAUGGAAAGGUGUUAUUGUUAGAUUUAGUUGUUACUGAUUCCUGUCAAAGAGAAGGUCGUGUUUACAUUGGCGGCAAAUCAGAAAAGGUCAAGGAGAUUUGGACGGUGCAACCUAUGGAUUGCUGGUUGGGGCAGAGACCGAAAACCCUGAAGGAAGCAAAUCAAACGAAAGAACAAACGAGACUGUGACUGACAGAGCACUCGAAUUCCCCCAUGCUUCUCCCUCCCAGGAGCUUUUGCUCGCUCUGUGCUUUCAAAAAAACAAAAAGAACAAAUGGGAUCAGAAUCAAACCAUAGACAUAUCCGAUCAACAGAGCGACUGUGUGCCCAGAUGCACAACAAGCCUUAAAAGCAAAGCAUUGUGUGUGGAAAUGCUGGGGGGUAGGGGGGUAAAAAGGAUUGUCGAGGCAACAUCGAGACAUUUUUACACGUGGACCUCAAAAGCCAUGAUUUAAAGGACCUAUUCCAUCUUUCCUCCAACACACACAAGCAUCCACCUCAAUUUAUUGGCUAAUGGUGGCCUACUUUGGGAAUCUUUUCUUUUUUAUCACUGCAUACCAGCCAAGCUUUUUUUGUCAUUGCUUUUUUUAUGUAUUUGUUUUACGACACGGUUUUGAACCAGUCAGAGACUUGUAAGCCAUGAUAAGAAAGAGGACGAACAAGAACGAUCUCAGCAUUCAUUCCUGAGCACAUGAAUACACAGACACCUCACUUGUGCAGUUGAACGUAGAUGUCUACAUACACCGCAUGACCUUUUUCUCCAUCGCCCGACAAUAAAUCCGACUAAACAGUUACUGUCAUAAGUCAGUUACCAAUAAUAAAUGCCAGAAUAAUGAGGGAAAAAAAGCAUUUUUAAACUGUGAAUUGGUUCACUCUGUUCCUUCUGCAAACUUUCCUCAAUAGUUUGCUGAAAUGUUGGCCUAUUGCUCAAGACAGAACUGGUGAAACUGCCAGGUAUUUAGUAUGUCUUGAGUCCACACAGCUUUUCAGCUCUGCCCACAAUUUAUACGGGACUACAACACUCCAAAACAUUUAUUUUGUUGUCGUCAAGUCACUUUGUAGCUAACUUGACACUAUGCUUAGCUUCAAGGCCAAUCUAUAAAAAAUUCCAUGCAAUUUUCUUUCAUUUUAGUACAAUCCAUUUUGUGAAGUGCACCAGUUCCUACACUUCUGGAUUUAAUAACCUUAUACGGUAAAAGUUAGUCAGACAAUGAAAAAAGGUUGUGCAUAUUUUUCCAAUGUAUAAAUAUCUGGUUUCAACUGAAUGUACUGUUGUAUAUACAGAACAUUGAGUACACAGUCAACCCGUAAUGUUUGGACACACACAUGCCUGUUUGAAACACCCACUCCAGCUUAGAAAUGACGUUCAACGGGUUCACUGUAGAAGCGCACUCAUUUCGUUCACCCUCACUCUCGGCAUCUUUCGUCCUCGGAGGCCCACAUUGAUGGACCCCACUGACUCUCUUCAAAGUGCCUUGGAGCCUCGGGGAUCCAGUUUGCCUUUGGAGCCGGCAUAAAAUAUACUCAUUUGACACUGACAGUGACAAUUACAGCGCCCUCUUUUGACUGGGAGGGCUAAGAGGAAAGAAAAAACAAAAAACAUGAGAGGACAAGAUUCCCCCACCCUGUUUUUUUUCGCACUACUAGGACUGCUGUUGUUGUUAUUUUAAAGGGGUCUUUGUACAGAAAUGCUCUUUUAUGAUUGUUAUUAUAAUUAUUGUUAUGAUUAUUUAAUAAAGGAUUUAUACCAUA